UUACACCAUAGCCACAACAAUGGAGCCUAGAAGUCUGUACGUAAUCCUGCUAUAUAUACUCUUUCUGGAGCAAAGGAGACAUAUCAAAGAAGAAUUGAUACAGCUGAACAUACAGAAGAGCAACUUCAGAAAGAGAGAUAUUUAGCAAAUGGGAAGGAAUCCUUGUUGUGUAAAGGAAGGUUUGAAUAGAGGUGCUUGGACUGCUCGUGAAGACAAAAUCCUCAAAGACUAUGUUGCAGAACACGGCGAAGGCCGAUGGAGAAACCUCCCUAGAAAAGCCGGUCUACAGAGAUGCGGGAAGAGUUGCAGGCUCCGUUGGUUAAAUUAUCUGAGACCAGAUAUUAAGAGAGGGAAUAUCUCACGGGAUGAAGAAGAGCUAAUCAUCAGACUUCACAAACUCUUGGGGAACAGAUGGAGUCUGAUAGCUGGGCGGCUUCCAGGGCGAACAGACAAUGAAAUAAAGAACUACUGGAAUACAAACCUAGCCAAAAAGCUUCAUCAACAACCCCACCCACCAUUGAAGAUGGAACCAGAUGAACAUGUAAUAAUACGAACCAAGGCAGUUAGAUGCUGCAGGGUUUCAUUAAAUCCAGAGAACUGGAAAAAGAGUGAAAAUUUUGGCACCAACGUUGACUCAAAGGCAGGAGCAUCAAUGCUGCAGGAUGCAGAAGAUAAAUCAAUAUCAAUGGAAUUUAAUAAUCGGACGUCGUCUUCCUUUGGUGAUGAAGGAAAUAAUAAUAAUCAAUCGGAUUUACUGUUGGACUUCAACGUGGGAGAGUUUAGUUUAUCAGAUCUUCUAAAUUCCGACAUAUGUGGAACCUCUUCAGCUACUCACAGCAACAAUGACGGUAACAUAUUAACUCCUAAUUCUUCCGAAAUACCUCCAUUCUUCUCUGACGAAAUGCUCCAAGACUUCUGGAGUGUUGACGCGAAUGUGGCUUCAAAUCUCCAUUAUUCAUUCACUUCGCUUUUCGAGACGACUGGAGGGGACUGGCUACCGGAUGCCUAUUGAGUGAUCGAGACUGUUAAUUAGUUAGCCUUGUCGUAUGUACAAAUUUAUCUGUACUAAUUAAAAUAAAAAUGUUUGAAUAAAUAAAUUUAAAAUAGUAAAAAAAA